AUGAGUGCCGAGGCAAUCGACAAAGUCCAAGAACUAUUUGAAAUCCCGGAACUGCCCGCGGAUCUCAUCCAAGAAGCUCUCACUGUUGCUGGAGCCAAAAACCUCGCUCAGCUUGGUGCGUCCUGCAUCAAUGUUUGCUUCCAGGAAAUGGGAUACAAAGGCUUAUUAAGCAGGGCGGCAAUCUCUGAUGUCAUGACCAAAUACAACACCAUGGAAUAUAGAGCGGUUAUAGCAAGGAAAAACGGUAUCCAACGCUUGAUUGAAUACGGCAAAAAUGGAAAGGAGACCGAGAAGAUUCUCUCCUUCGCGAUGGGUGCACUUAUUGCAACCGUCCAUCUGAACCGAGGGCUAGAUUGUGUCCGAAGAUGUGUGAUCAAGUUAGGAUUCCUUGAUGAGGGACCCGGGCUUCAGAUGCGGCAAAAGUAUGAGGCCCUGAUGCCGAAGUGCUCCGUACCCCUUCCUAUAAACCCGCCUUCUAUUUCUGCGGCUUUUGUUCCAAGCAACACUACAAUGGAUGAGCAGAGCUCGCCACUGCCCGUCCAGCAAAGCUCUGAAGUCAGUUUCAGUGAGAACAGUAGCUCACGAGCUGCCACACCUGAAACAUCCUUGACAAGCGAGUGUGACGGUUUCAUCCCGUUCAACCUGCCUAAUGAACCUAAUGGUUUGGAUUUAAUAGAUUGUGAUAUCGGACAUUUGGGGAAUAAUCAAAGUCAUGUACAGGCAAUUGAUACUGCUCACUGUAUGGGUCUUGACUCGCAAUUUCGACAGGCCCUUGAUGGUCUUCAACUUGUGGAUACGAUGCCAUGUCUUUCAGAGAACUGUGCGUUCCCUGCCCAAACAACAGCCCUCGAGUCAACUUGUUGGCAAGGUUCAGUCGAGGUGGAAGCUGCCGUCACAACGGCUUUAGGAGAAGAGCCAAUCAGUACUGCAACCUUGAGCAGCACGGCGAGGAAAAGAAGAAAUGUCAGCGACAAUGACCCCCGAAAACCCAAACGGGCCGACACGGAAGUCAGAGCAAGCGUCUUUUUCCGAGAAGAUAUCAAGAUGCAGUGUUCCCAGUUGGAGACUCGUUCGACUGAGCUUUUAACCUCAAUCCUUGUUCAAAUUGCGGAUUCAAGUUCAUUCGUAUGUUUUCGGGAUGCAAUCUGUGCUUCCAAGACGAUGGAGUCAAACAAGCCCCGAAAGAUCUCAAUGCACACGUCAAUGGCAGAUCGACUCGACAUCUUGGAGGAAUUAAACGGAGGAAACAACUACAACGCUUUCUUGGCUCGCUAUCACAUUCUGGAGCUUUUCAGAAAUUGCGGCGGCCAUGGGGGCAGGGAAGACCUUAGAAUAAUCCCCUACGCUGCAGAUAGUACGGUAUCUCAGCCUGGGAAGAGGGGUCACCCAAUCCGCAUUGCUCUCGCAGAAGUCACACAAAGAAUGAUGAGCAUGGCAUUCCCGUCCGUUACCCCUGAUACAGAGGUGUAUAAAUUGAAAAAAGCGAUGAUGAAGCGACACCGAUCAUUAGCAAGCCGUUUCCAGGCAUUUGUGGACAAGUUUGGCCUCGCAAUACUCUGCUUCAUUCAACCUUAUCACGGUCAAAAUGGAUCAUGUGGGGGCAUUUCAGAUAACAAAAUCCGAGAAAUAAGCGAAAACAGCCUGAAGACCUUUAUUGAGAUUCUGGAUCAGUCUCAGGGUCACUACCUAAGAGCUGUGUGUAAAGCCGCCGACCCGUUGUUGCAGUACCUGGUCUAUGGAAAUUCUACUACAACUGAAUUUGCCAUCGAGAGUACUGAUGCAGCGGAUAUUCUCCAAUUGCCCAAGGGCUCUGAGGAGCUGUUGCGCCUACUUCAGGGCACUCCGCGGAAUGCUUCCAUUGCGGGAAUCUGCUAG